AUGAUGAUGUUUGAUCAGCAGCCGCAGGCGCAGCAGGAUAGGCGAGGCUACACAACUGUGAAAAAUGAUCAAGAAUUCGACAUCGAAUCAGGAGAAACCCUCUACCCAGGUCUCAGCGUCGGUGAAAAUCAACUCCGUUGGGGUUUCAUCCGUAAAGUCUACGGAAUCCUCUGCGCUCAGAUCCUUCUCACCACCGUCGUCUCCGUCAUAACCGUUUUCUACGCUCCUCUUAAUCUUCUCCUUAGGGGAAAUUCUCCUCUUCUCCUGUUCCUCGUUUUCCUCCCUUUUAUCUUUUUGAUUCCUUUGUUGAGGUAUCAACAGAAGCAUCCUCAUAAUUAUAUUUUGCUUGGACUUUUCACUUUGUCGAUUAGCUUCACCGUUGGAGUUACAUGUGCUAAUACAGAUGGGAAGAUUGUGCUUGAGGCAUUGAUUUUGACAUCUGCUGUGGUUUCUUCUUUGACUGGUUAUGCCUUUUGGGCUUCCAAGAAGGGAAAAGAUUUUAGCUACCUUGGUCCUCUCUUAUUCACCUGUCUCUUUACUCUUGUCCUCACCGGCAUGAUGCAGAUGUUCUUCCCUCUUGGACCAGUAGCACAUGCUAUCUAUGGUGGAUUUGGUGCUAUGAUUUUCUCUGCUUACAUUGUCUACGACACUGACAACUUGAUUAAGCGCUUCACUUAUGAUGAAUACAUUGGGGCCUCAGUUACUCUUUAUCUUGACAUCCUGAACCUGUUCCUUUCUAUCUUGAGGAUUCUGAGGGAGGCAAACAAUUAG